AUGGAAGCUAAGCUCGAGCGCGCAAAGGCGGACCUUAAGCUGCUGAAGCGUGCCGUGCGCGAGCGCGAGGAGCGCGCGACGCAAGCCGAGGCAGCGCUCAAAGAGGGCGAGGCCACAUUGGCCGCGGCGCGAGAAGAACUCGCGCAAGCCGCCAGCGACCGAAAACUCCUCCGGAGACACGCGAGACAGCUCGAGGAGGCGCUGGCCGCGGCGCGCGCUGCGCCUGCGAGCUCUACGUCCGGCGCCGACGCGGGCGAGCGCGUCGCCGCGGCCGAGAAGUCGGCGCUGGACGCGAAUGCGGCGCGCAUCGUCGCGGAGCAGGCGGCGACGACCGCGCGCGACGAGGCCGCGUCUCUGAAGACGGCGCUCGACUCCGAGCGCACCGCGGCGGCGGCGGGCCGCACCGAGGUCGCCGGUCUCAAGCAGCAGCUCGCCACCGCUGGUAGCGGCAGUCGCCAGGAGGUCGAGGCCCUGAAAAAGGAACUCGCCGCGGCGCGCGCUUCUGAGGACGCCGCGACCGCCACGGCGCGCCAGGAGAUCGACUCCCUGAAGGGCGCUCUCGACGCCGCACGAGCAUCCAGCGGCGAUGCGGUCGCGGCUGCGCACCAGGAGGUCGCCGGCCUCAAGAAGGAGCUGGCUGCUGCGCGCGCCGAUGCCUCCGCGCAACAAGAAAUCGACGCGCUGAAAAGCGCGCUCACGGAAACGCGCAUGUCCAGAGACGACGCUCAAGCCGCAGCGCGCCAGGAAGCCGACGCGCUGCGCGGCGAAACCCAAGCGGCUCGCUUGGAGACCGAGACGUUGAAAGAAGCCCUGGAGGCUGCGCGCUCGAAUGCGCACCGCGCGGCGAAGCAAGAAGCGGAGGCUUUGCGGGGCGAGGCGGCCGCGGCGCGCGGCGAGUGCGAAAAACUCAAGAGCGUGCUCGAGGCUGAGCGCAAGAGUGCCCGCGAGGCGAGCGCGGCGGCGGCCAAGGAGGUUGAGGCACUCCGGGGCGAACUCGAGGCCGCGCGCCAGAGCUCGGGCGAUGCGCAGGAACAGACGUCAGCGGCGCUCGAGGCCGCGCGCCGCGAAGCCGACGGCUUGCGCGGCGAGGUCACGGCGGCGCGCGGCGAGUGCGACCAGCUGAAACAAGCGCUCGCCGCGGCCCGCGAGAGCGCUGACGAGGCCUCGGCGGCAGCAGCGAAGGAGCUGUCGACGCUCAAGAGCAAGAACCAGGCCGCGGGAGACCGGGCGGCAGCGAUUGCACGCGAGGCGGCCGCAUCUCUCAAGACAGCGCUCGACGAGGCACGCGCCGAGGCCGCCAGUGCGAAGCAGGCGCUCGACUCCGAACGGACCGCGACGGCGGUGGGCCAAACCGAACUUCGAGCCGAGCUGGCGACCGCGACAAAAGCGCUCGAUGCCGCACGCACGGAGACCGCGGCGGCGCGGGCCGAGGCGGAGACUUCCAAAUCGGCGCUCGCGACGUCGAACGCUGAAGCGGCGUCGCUCCGCGGCGAGCGCGACGCCGCGCGGGAGCAGCUCGCGACGGCGACCGCUUCGCUCGCGACCGUGCGCCAAAGCUCCGACGACGCGGCCGAGCGUUCGGCGGCGGACGUGAAGGCGGCGCGCGCCGACGCGCAACAAGAAAUCGACGCCCUGAAGGGCGCGCUCGCGGAUACGCGCGCUUCUAGCAACGACGCCGUGGCGGCGGCGCGCCAGGAGGCCGACGCGCUGCGCGGCGAAGUCCAGGCGGCUCGCGCGGAGACCGAGACCUUGAAGACUGCUCUGGAGGCCGCGCGGUCGAACGCGGACAAGGCCGCGAAGCAAGAAGCAGACGCUCUGCGGGGCGAAGCCACGGCAGCGCGCGCCGAGUGCGACAAGCUCAAGAAUGUGCUCGAGGCCGAACGCAAGAGCGCCCUCGAGGCGAGCCUGGCAGCGACUCAGGAGCUGGCGGCGCUCAAGGACGAGGCCGAAAAGUCCCAGGAGGCGCUCGCCGCCGCCCGCCAAAGCUCCGACGACGCGGCCAAGCAAACAUCCGCGGACGUCGAGGCCGCGCGAGCGGAAGCCAAAAAGGCCCUCGAGACGGCAAAGGCGGACACCAAGCUCCUGAAGCGCGCCGUGCGCGAGCGGGACGAGCGGGCGACGAAAGCCGAGGCCGAGCUCGCGACGGCGCGGUCCGAGGCGGCCGACGCCGCGCAGACGCUGGCCGCGGCGCUCGAGGAAGCCACCAGCGCCCGCGAGGCGGCCGCCACGGCGACGGCGGCCCUCGACGCCUCCAAGGCAGAGACCGCGGAGGCGCGCGAGGCCGCCUCGAGGCUCGAGGCCGACCUCGCCGCCGCGCGCCAAAGCUCGGACGCCGCCGCCGACGCACGGCGCACGUCGGACGCCGCCGCAGCUUUGGCCUUCGAGCAGGCCGACGCGAUAGCACAACUCGAGGCCCGCGUCGCCGACGCGACGGCCACCGCGAGCGACGCGCGCGAGGACGCCGCGGCGAGCGCGGCGGCAACGGCGCGGGAGCGCGCCCGAGCCGAAGCCGCGGAAGACGCGGCGGCGGCGGCCGUGGCGGCGGGCCACGCGCUGGCGGCGCGCGGCGACGCCGCGGCCGCGGCCGCGGCGCGCGCGAGCCGCGAGUGCGACACGGCGCUGGCCGCCGGCGAGCGCGCCAUCCGCGACGCCGCCGCCUGGGAGGCCGACGCGGCCGCGGCGCUCGCGCGCGCCGACGACGCGGAGCGGCGGCGCGCCGCCGCCGCUGCUACCCUCGACGAAAACAGUGACACGGCGACCGCUUCUCGCAUCGCCGCGACGGCCGCGCGCGAGGAGGCCGCCGCCGCCAAGGGCGAGGCGGCACGGCUCCGGGCGAAGCUCGACGCGUCGGACGCGGCGGCCAACCAGCUGCGCGGCGACGCGCAGGCCGCGCGCCGCGACGCCGAGUCGCGGCUCGCCGAGCUCUCCCGGGCGGCGACCGCCACGGCCGCGGCGACGGCCGACGCCGAGGCCGCGCGCGAGCGCGCCGAGACGCUCGCGGCCGCGCUCGACGCCGAGCGCGCCGCGCGCCGCGCGGCCGAGCAGGACGCGGCGGCCCAGCUCCAGCGCCUCCGCGAGGCGGCGGAGGCCGCGUCGCCCGCGCGGCGCGAGAGCAAGCCGGCGCCGCGGCGCGCCGCGCUGACGCCGGCGACGCGGGCGCGCGCGGCGGCGACGGCGGCGGCGACGCUCACGCCGCCGCCGCGCGCGGCCGUGCCCGCGCCGGCGGCCGCCCGGACGCCGCCGUCCUCGCGCGCCGCCGCGCCGGCGCCCUCGCCGAGGACGCCCGCGCCGGCUCCCUCGCCGAAGACGCCGCCCGCGCCGGCGCCUGCGCCGCGGACGCCGCCGGCGAGGACGCCGCCCGCGGCCGCGCCGCCGUCGUACAGCGAGCACACCGAAAAGGCCCGCUCGCCGGCGCCGGCGGCCCGCGAGCGCUUCCACGCCGUGUUUGGCGCGGGCCCGCUCGGCGUGCUCGUGAAGCUGCAGGAAAGCGGCGAUUUAAAAGUAGUGGGCGCGCGGGGCGCCGCCGAGGCGCGCGGCGUGCUCGUCGACGAUAUAGUCGCGGCCGUCGACGGUGUACCAGUAGAGACAGGGACCACGGAGGCGGCCUUCGCCGCGACGAUACAGAAAGCACCUAGGCCCGUGACGAUCACCUUCGUGCGCAAGAGUGGUGUCAAUGUACCUAUCGUGGAUGAUGACGGAUGGCGCGACGAGGCCCAGACCUACCCCGUGCCGAAGUUUGGUCUCGAGUCGGAGGAGGUCGACGCGCUACUAAGGCAGUGGUCCGCCGAUGAACAAAAAAGAAAGUACGUGCGGCUAUGGCUCGACGUCGUCGCGACGUCCCCGACCAUCCCGCACAAGUUCCCGGCGGGCCUGACGCUGGCGUCGCUGGAGCCGGCGGUCAAGGCCGGUUUCGCGCAAUUGAUUGUGCCUCUCUUACGCGCUCGCGGCGACGUCGUCCUGGAGGUCAAGUCGCGGCCGUCGCCCGACCGGCCAGGGCGGGUCGAUUUGGAACUGCGUCUCGCGCGCGCGCCGCGGCCGGUCCGGUCCGCGGCCGCGCCGCCGUCGCCGAAACCGGCCUUGCCCGACGCCUGGUCGCGCUUCUCCGCUUUGACAAAAGCGAAGACGGACCAGAUCAAGGCGACGACAACCGGCCUCGUGGCCAAGACCGGCGAGCUCGUCUCGAACGGAAUCGCGAAGGUGAAGCGGCGGUCGAAGACGCCGCCGCGGUCGCCGCCCGCGCCGCCGACGCCGGAAGAAUCGGAGCGGCGGCGGAGCAUGUUCGAGGCGCAGCUCGCCGGGCUUAGGUCGCAGGUAUAG